AACUGUGACAUAUAACAGCUGAUUCAUGAUGUCACGGAUCUUAUAACCAAACUGAUAACCACACUCACUUGAACGGAUCGGUAAGUACCAACCCAAAAUGGUUAAUACCAUUUUCAUUUGGUUAUCCGCUUGAAUUUGAUUCUUGUCAGGGAGUCGAAAUAUAUUUCAUUAGCUUAGUUUGGUUAUGGUUGCUGGUGAUGUCACCAAGAAAUCCCAGUGAGGGACUGCCAUUAGAAUAUUUACCUUCAAAAUCUACUACAUACUUUGCAAGCAUAUUUUUUUGUAUCUAUCAUUUACUGAUGAUAGCCUUGUCAGUUUAUAGAUUUCUAAAUAAUGAAUUAGGUUAAAACUUGGUUCGUAGAGAACAUCAUAAAAACUCAAAAGAUAAUCUUCAUAAUUAAGUCUUCACUACAUCCAUUUUGAUUAUUCUUAUAUAGAUAUAGGUAAGACUUGCAUUUUAUGGUGGGGUGGAAACUAGAGCCCCAGUGAUUAACUUUUGAAUAAGGGCAGCAAUAAAGGUGUUCAUGAAUUUAUCAUAUCACCAAAUGCAAGGCUUAACCUACUAACCUCCUUAUUAUUUAAUCCAGCAAGUGGACUGAUGAAGAAAUCGAGAUGCUGAGGCAAGUUGUAAAGCAAUUCUCUGAUGGUUUGAACCAAAUCAGUGAUCACAUAAAGCGUAGAACUGUAUCUCAAAUCAGGACAGCUUUGAAAAAGAAGGCUUUUGAAGAUGCAGGACUUCCUAUUAGACAGAUUUCAACUGUGGCCCAACCUCAACAACAAACACAAACUGCACAACAACAGCAACAACAGCAGCAGGCCCAACAGCAACAGCAACAAGUCCAACAACAGCUAAUAAAGUCCGAGGUGACCCUGAACAUGCUGAACGCCGCUGCAGAAUCCGAAGUAGAUGUGGAGGGUUUGCACGAGGAGGUUAAGCUCGAGUUUGACGGCGCCAACGAGGAGGUGACCACGUGACUGCCGGCAUCCAAGAGAUGGUGAGACGACAAAAGAGAAAACUGAUGGACAUGAAAGAGUUAGUUGAGUAUCUCUAGAUAUGUGAAUGUGUUAUGUAUUUUGUAAUGUUCUCAUUUAGCAAAAAAUAUUAUGUAACUUCAAAACCAUUAUUUUAAACCUCAUUGUUGAGCUGUGUUGAUAACAGAGUUUUAAGUUAUCUUACACCACUUCAUCAUAACAUUGUAAAUUACAUUCAAUAAAGUUUUCAAAGUAA